GGAGGUUGCAGUGAGCUGAGAUCACGCCACUGCACUCCAGCCUGGGACAGACUCCGUCUCAAAAAAAAAGAAUACAAGGCAUGUGUUUAGAUGUGAAUGUCCCAUUCCAGCUCUCCAAGUGAGGGUGGAAGUUCCCGUCCAUGUGGCUGAGGACAUCGUUUUGUUCUGAUCCAGUGGGAUCCUUCCUUUGCAGGCUCCACUGUGUCUCACAUGGGGCUUGCGCCAUAAGGUUCCCCUGGUGUCUCACUCUUGUUUCAGGAGCUUCCUCUGGACGGCCCCUCCGGAGGCUUCAGUGCAGCCCUGCCACCUCGCGCACACUCAGCAGGCCUGCUGCCGCUUUCACCUUUUCACCUGCCCCUGGCCUUUUCACAGUCCUCCUUGGGGCACUUUUGCCCAUCUUAGAAUAUUUCUCAUGUGGUUGAGGAUUUUGGAUUAAUCCUGACACGUUUUUUAAGGCCUCCUAACCCAGAAGCUGCCUUGUCCGACUCUGGACAAGCCUUAGCCUGGCCCAGUCAGAUCCGACGGGAUAAAUAGGCCAGGCCCUCUGGGAUGGAGGAAAGGAGAGGAGAGCGGCUCAAAAAUGUUCCCCAAGCCUCCCAGCACGAUGUGGGUAGACACAGCUUCCAAAUGUCCCUGUUGCACUUGUGUAUAUCCUUCUGUGAGAUUCAUCUUGGACUUGGUCUAAAGUUUCUUUGGUAUAAUUUAAUCAACCUAGUUCCAUCCUGUCCCUUUUGGAAACUCCUUUGCAAGCCUCCCGCGUCCUGCCACCCUGAGUGUGAGGACUCUGGGCUCCGUGGCCAGUCUUCACAGUCAGCUCCCUCUGGCCCUCUUGUCAGCCUAACACAGUGCCCCUCCCCUUAUCUCCUUCUGCCUCAGAAAUCAAGCUCUCUGUCCCUUCAGUGGCCUGUGUUCUUACUGGAUUUCUUCCAGUCUGCUGAUGUCUUGCUGAAGAAGUGAAACAAGCUCUCUGGAUGUCUCUGCCUUUCCUAGCAAGUCUGUUUCGCCGUCACUGAGCUGCAGGCCUGCUGCGUAGGGAAUCUCAGAACACCCUCUAAACAAUCAAGGACAGACAGGGAGAAAUCCAAGUCAUAAAGUGCAACACAACAGACUUGUGAAAUGUGAAGCCCUAUCCCAUGGCCCUAGGCUAGGCCAUGGUGUCCCCAUGCCUCCUGCGAAUGGCUAGGGAUUCAGGCUGCUGUGGUAGGCCGGGGAAGAGUUAGACUCUGGAGUUAGAAGAGCCAGGGUGGCACGGAGAUGGGCCACUCGGCAUGUUCCAUGCAUAGCAGGAACUACUCUGGUCGUGGAAGAAGAGUGGCAGCAGGGUGUCCCGGAAAUAGUCAUGUGACCGUGGCCAAAUCACUUGGCCUUCCUAAACUUAAUAUUUUCUGUAAAGUAAGAGAAAUCAAAAUCUGCCAUGCCUAGGAGACUAUGAACAAGAUGAAACACAGGAAAACUCUGUAAACUGUCAGUGAACAUUGUUAUAAGAGGCAGAAACUGAAACAAAACCAAUUCCAACAUGAACCAAACCCUUAACAGGUUUACUGGCCUCAGCACCGGCCUCUCCAAAGCGGAGCAGACAGACCUGUGAUCAGAACCUCAAGAGCUCCAGAGACUAGCGUUAUCUGCAUAAAAUUGUCCACACUCAUGUAAAAUGACACAUAACUAAGUCCCAAUUAUGUCACAUGGACUAUAGGCAAAACUGAGGUUCUCAGGAAGAGAGGCCUGGAAGGAUCAGAAAAGGCUGGGAGCUGGGGCAGGUGGAGCUUGAGGUGCUGUGUGACACUCUGCGGCAGAGACACAUGGGCAGUGUGGCGGAUGGUGACAAGGAAGACUUCCAAUAAACAUGGCAUGCUCUAGAUGCUAGUUUCUGCAUUAGACAGAUACAUAUUGAGCAUCUCCUAUGUUCUAGGGCUAAAGAUUCACUGGUGAGUAAGGCAGACACGAAACAGUGUGCUGUGGGGCUUCAGACCAAAGUCACAGCCCCUCCCCAGCCCGAGGGGCCCACAGCCAGGUUCUCAGGCUCUGCCAGUACAGGGGUCCCACACCUGUGCCCACUCUUCUUCCGUGAUCAGCACAGUUUUUGCUGAAGAAACAUGCAGAGCAGCCUGUUUUGUGUUACCCCAAUCAGGGAAGGGGUGUGCUCAGCCUUGCCCUUGACAGGCAUCCAGGAUGCAGGCAGCACCUCUGAGGCAGCCCUUGGCUGGGAGGAGCAGGGCACCUCUGUUUAUCUGCAGCAAAUAUUUAUUUGUAACCCCAAGCACUGAACAAGCCUGAUGGGUGUGCCUACUCUGGGGCGUCUGUGUGCUCCAAGCCAUGUCAGACCGUGGUGGUCUGACAGAGAUUGCAGAGUCACCCCCAGGCCUUCCACAGGUGGACUGGACACUGGAGGUCCUGAAACCAGAGGACAGGCCAUGUUUUCUGUCCGUGUCCCCUCCUGUGAGCUCCUCGGGGGCACUCUGCCUCUCAUCUUGUGUCCCUGGGGCCGGGCUCCAUGCCAGGCACUUUCCUUAGUGCUCAGUAAGUAGUAGACGAAGGGUAAAUGAGGGGAAUAACAGAGUUUCCACAAGGAUGCUGAGACAAAGGCCCAGCCAGACAAGGUCCAGUCAAGGUCAUGAUCAGGAGCCUGCGGGUCAUGUUCUGUUCUGAGCAGCUCAUCAAGGAUGGAAUGGAAGAGAAGAGGAAUAAUAAACUCAUUUUCACACGCAUUACCUCAGGCAUAACUCAAAUAUGAGCUGGGGUCACAUGUUCCGCAGGAUCUAGAUACGACUUGCUCAAACCCCCAUAAUAGGGCUCAGCGGAAACCUAAACUCUAUUCUGCGAGGUGCUGUUCUCAUGGUCACCUCUGGCUCCAAACUCCUCCCUCCACUGAAUUCUUCUCGCUGUGAGUGUCUUCUGUGGGCUUUGUAUAUGCACCCAGAUAGGCACUCAGCCCCUUCACUGGAUUGCCACAGAGAAGAAAAAUAUCACUCACAUUGAGGAGACACCACCACAAAAACCUGGAAUUCAAUAAGACACCUCCCAGUUCCUGGAAGCCUUCUGCAGAGGCUGACUGCUGGGAGUUUUAACUGGCCAGGAGACGCAGCGGAAUCCCCCAGCCUCAGCUGCUUUUCAGGGCUCAUCUCUCUUCCUCACCCCACCCUCCCUGAUCUGCUGGUCACCCAACACCCACACAGCUCUCCCAGGUCCACUCCCAAACCUCAGCACAGCCAGACUCACCCAGGGACGAGUGAGCGUGGAGACGCCUCUGCCGUGAGCAGCUUGGAGGGCUAACUGCAGGGACCCUGAGGCUCUUGGGACAACGUCAGCCCUUUUUAGAAGGCAGUGUGAUUUUAAAGAUCACCGUCCCCCCCAUUUUCCAGGUAAUCCUCACCCCGUAGAGAAAGGUGUAUUAUUUAUCUCCGUUUUACAGAUGAGCCUCAAGGAGAUCAUUAAUUGUCCAAAGUCACCCAGGUAAUGAAUGCAGAAAAUAGGGUUUAAACCCAAAUCUUGGAACUCCUGGCCUAGUGCUCUUUCCACUGUGCACAGCAGAGCACAGCAGGAUGGAGGGCUCUGUGUGGGGACAGCACUCUGUGCAAAGCAACUUCCCCCUUAGACCUGGUCAUUCCAGCAUUCAGAAUGUGCAGAUACCAGGCAGGCGGCUGGAGUGGAGCUUAACAAAGACACGUGAUUCCAAGUCCGUGCCCCAAAAUGGUCUAAACUGUAAAGAAGAAAGCAAAAUAUACCCACAAGAUACCCGUGUAUCAAUAAAUGCCAAUACUGGAGGACAAAUAGGCCUCAGGAAGACCAAACAAAAAUGUGCAGCAUUUAGUCAAUCCUGAAAGGCUCCCUGGGGAAAGGGAAAGCCUCCUUUCUUUUCUCUUUUUGUUUGAGUUGGACUUCAGAUGCAGAAGACUAAGUUAACGGUGUUCUUCAGAUCAUAGCACAGUAUCAUGAUCAUUUGUCUGUGCAAGAUCUGUCACAUCUUAUUUAUGUUUCUCACUCUCACUUUCAUUUACCUUCUUCCAUAGGCAGCCAUGAUGUGUAUUCAUUUUUUGGUAUGUGUUCUCGAACAUGUGGAUUGUGGAUCUGUAUGCUUGUAGUUUAAAUCCAUGCGAGCAGAAUUCUUAUGCCUCUCAUGCUUGGUGGUUUGGUUUUGUUUUGUUGUUUCUCUUACCACUGUGCUAAGCUUUCUCCUCGCUGCUGUGUGUUGCAGUGCCACAUCUGGUCCUCUGCUUUCAGCAGGUGCAUAUCCUCUGUGAUAGCAUCUACCUGAGUUUUCGGGUCUGCUCCUCAGUGAUGAUCACUGAGGUUGCCUCCAAGUCCCCGCCAUCAUAAACAGCCCAGCAUGGUAAUAAACAUCUUCACAUAUGACCCCUUAUGGCUGUGUUAAGAAAUUUCAGGGACAUCGAACCAGGAGCAGAACUGCUAUUUCAUGGGCCAUAUGUGUACUUGCUAUGACUAAGUGGUACCGGGUCACUCCCUCAGUGACUGCCCCAGCUAUGCCCACCACCAGUGUUCCUGUAUACCUACGUCUGCAUCAGUGCUCGGCAUUAUCCUGCUCCUGACUUUUGCCAAUCCAAAGUUUCACUCUGCUCAAGCUGGAAGCACCUGAGGGACUGAUGCCCUUGGCCAUGACGCAUCCCCACUUGCUGUCUGCUCAGACGUAGCCUGCGUGACUGAGCCACCACUGCUCCAGCUGUUUCACGUCACCGUUCCCUUUACUGAACAGUUUGAUGGGGCGCCGGGCGGAUGACAGCGGGAACGGUUGUGAUCACUGGCGGAAUCCUAGCUACGGUGAUCCUCCUCUGCAUCAUUGCCGUCCUGUGCUACUGCAGGCUCCAGUAUUACUGCUGCAAGAAGAGCGGAACCGAGGAUGCAGACGAGGAGGAGGAGCGGGAGCACGACCUUCCCACGCAUCCGAGAGGCCCCAGCUGCAAUGCCUGCAGCUCCCAGGCCCUGGAUGGCAGAGGCAGCCUGGCACCUCUCACCAGCGGGCCCUGCAGCCAGCCCUGCGGGGUGGCCGCGAGCCACUGCACUACCUGCUCCCCGUACAGCUCCCCCUUUUACAUACGGACGACUGACAUGGUGCCCAAUGGGGGUGGAGGCGAGAGGCUCUCCUUUGCUCCCACAUGCUACAAAGAGGGGGGACCCCCAUCCCUCAAAUUGGCAGCACCCCAGAGUUAUCCGGUGACCUGGCCAGGCUCUGGGCGUGAGGCCUUCACCAAUCCAAGGGCUAUUAGUACAGACGUAUAAACCCUUCCACCCCUGACCCCCACACACACCCACACUGAUGCCCUGGCGGGGGCCAUGGGGGCGGUGGAUGACCCUCCAGCAGCCCCACAGGGGCUGUCUCUGUUUCUUUGGCUUUUCUCGCUCCGCAGUGGAGGGUUUACUAGGAUUUACGCUUUUGAGUGCAUUGAGAACCAGGACAGGGCCUGGCUCCAACUCUGUGGCCCAGAGGUGGGGGACUGCUAGGUCAAGUCUGCAGCUUCGCCAGUUUCUUGGUUGGGACACUCCUCUGGCAGCCCCAGUACCACCACAACCCCUUGCAGUGUGCCCCAGUCCCCUGAAUUUGCUGAACUGCAAAAAGGAGCACCGGGGAAAGCUCAGCAAAGGCUCUGGAGCCCUCCAGGGUCCACGGGAGAUGAAGCAUUUGUGCCUAGGAGAAGCGGACAGAGGGCAAGGGAGAAGUGAGAGCUGCAAUUCCAGCACUGGAGAACCGAGGGGCAGGGCGUCAACGGCACUGCUUCAGGAGGAGCUUGCUGAGAUGAAUUCAACAGCUAGUUCACAACCAAGUUUUGUACGUUGGUUACCAUAGCUACUGCUGUCACUGUAGCUGCUCCCGUAGGGACGUUGAUUCCUGAACGUAUCACAUCUCACCUGCCCCCUUCCUCGUGGAACACGUCAAGUUGACUUUAAAGCCUAAGGUUGCCUGUGGGGACUGCACCAGAAAGUGACUGUCUAACCUUGUGUUCCCCGAAAUCCUUUCUCUGCCUUAGGAACCAGCGCCCCCUGCUGGAGAAGCUUUUUCAUUUUUGUUAGCCGACUUCUAGUAGCUUAGCAAAGAGACCAGCUGACUGUCUCUCGGCCCAGCCCACCACGCCGAGCAGCUUGCGUGGAUGCAGUCCUGUGAGGGUGUGUGCAUGCCCGUUCCCAGGUGUACACACACACACACCAGUCACCACGGGUAGGCACCAGGGGCUUUGUACCUUCAGGAGCUGCAAAAAGGAAAGGUCUCCCAUGUACCAUGGAGAAGGAAAAGUCUGAUCCCCAAACAGCUUGUUAAGGCAGCCAGCGGGCUAGUGAACAGGAGGAGCACGGAGUCUCCGUGGGGCGAUGCUGCAGCGGCUGAAACCACGUCAACUCCGCCAGAGCCGGCAUUCUACAUGAGCAUCCACCCGUGAUGCCGUUGAGCAGGAUCUUCAACCCACCAGAGCAACAGCCCAGUCCUGAGGAUGGGAGGGACGUGACUUAGCUUUGGGAUUCCACGCUCGCCGCCCUCCCUUGGCCGCCCUACUCCCCAGUCUCCUGGCAAUGAGCCUUUUAUUGUGUCUCACACCAGCCUCAUUUCCAACUCCGACUUCCCACUUAGAAUGUGGCAGUGGCUUUAUGCUUUGUGAGUAUCUUGAUGAGUUUUCCAGUGGCCUCUGCAGAAGCUGGCCCCCUUCUAAGGGCAUAGAAGUGACUCCCACUCCUGAGUCACUGAAUUCAAGGAGGGUGGGGCGGGGAAAGGGCUGGCCCCCUUGCUGAAAUCUUGAUUCUGCAUCUGACGAAGGUCAGGUGCCGCUGAGGGAGCAGGGAGCGGGCAGGGAGGAGGAGGGGAAUGCACAUCUUUUGCACCACUAUUAAGGCACCUGUCACCUCACAUUUCAAUCUAGAAUCAAAGUGCCCUGGGUUGAGAAACAGACCUGGGCUCUGGUCACACUUUGGUCACUCAUUAGCUCUAUGACCAGUCACUAGUCUCUGAGAUUCCAUUUAUUCCAGGGAAACGAGGCUUGCCCAGAUAGACUAAGAACCCUUUAGUGCUCCAAGAAGUGAGAAUUUCCGAAAAAGAUCUGCCGGCCCAGACCACUCCCUCUUGCCCUAAUCCUGGCAGGGCCUGGAUGUAUUUACCCAACUCUCUGAUCUUGUGUGCAGGGAUGCUUGCUGAUGGAUGAAAGACCACCAUAAAACAAGAUUAGCAGCAAAACAAUUUUAAUUGUCAGUGAAAAGCAAACAUGUUUGUCAGACUUUCCUAUGGAGUCACUUCAAAUGGUAACUUCUCUUGUACCAGGAAGCAGCUGUAGGUGGGGUAAUGGGGUCUGUCUCCUGGUGCAGAGGGGCAGCUUACGGCAGCAGUUUCAGCACACGCGUCCCACAGCCAGCCCUAACUGGGCCAAGUGCAAGCUCCUGACGAGCUGCUGGGCCUGGCAGCGUUCCCCACUUCCUAGUGCCUUGCUCCCCGGGAAUUCCACAGCCAAUCAACCACAGCAGCCAUGUCCUUCUCACCAGAAAUGACAUCAUUCCUACAUCCUGCCUUUGUAAAAAUCAAGACCCAAUUAACCAUCACCCGCUUCUUGCCCCUGAUCGAUGGGGUCCCUGAGUGCAAGCGUCCUGUGCAAUCCCCUCCCUCCUACCGCUUUCCUAGCUAAGCCCUGCCAGCCCCACAAAUCACAAUCUGGGUUUGGGGCAUUGGAGAGACGGUGGGCCCCAGCUCUUCCCCACAUAGCCCACGCUGCUCAGGGCACGGGCUCCAACCAGGCUGGAGAUUGCCUGCCUGCCCGCUGCCGCUGCAGGGCCCCACCCUGUGGAAAAGGGAGCUCCCCCACUCAACUGCACUGUCCUUUUCUGCUGUCUAGUCUGUGCUAAGGGACACUAUUUGUACUCUUUUCAAACGGUGCCCUAAAUUGGAAGAGAAGGAGGGGCCAGGAACACAGCCCUCUCCGCAGUCUUUCUCCACCUCCACUUCACCACUCCUGCUAUAGACUUCUUGUCUUGCAUCUUUGAUAACUUGGAGUCGCAACCGAGUGAAUGUCGGAAUAAAUGAGAGAUUCGAAGUA